CUUGGCACAUCGAUAGCGGUGUCAGAUAAAGAAGAGACAGAAAUGAGUUUCUUCGACUGCAUAAGGUGCUGCAGAAAGCUGCCAGGCUCCGAGGAGGAGUCGUCGCCGGCGGAACCGCCGCAUGCCGCGGCACGGGACUACCUCCGCCGGCUCCUGGUUGAAGCACCCGUGCUCAGCAGCUGGAUGCAGGCACUGCACCGGGGACUGUGCCGUCACUCAUGGCUCCCAACUCGGUGCUGCGUUGGCGUGGACCUGUGCUGUGGACCAACGCUUCACCAAGCAGCGGUAUUGAGCCGCUUCACCAGCAAAGUAUACUUGGCUGAUCCUGAGCCGGCCAACAGGGCAGCGCUGCGGUCUUGGCUCGAGCACCAACCAGACUGCCCAGACUACACACCCUUCCUCGCGCUAGCGGCAGCCGCCGAGGGACUCUCCAACGACUUCCAGGAAAGGGGGUUGGGGUUACUGUGCGCAGCAUGGCUCCCAACUCGGUGCUGCGUUGGCGUGGACCUGUGCUGUGGACCAACGCUUCACCAAGCAGCGGUAUUGAGCCGCUUCACCAGCAAAGUAUACUUGGCUGAUCCUGAGCCGGCCAACAGGGCAGCGCUGCGGUCUUGGCUCGAGCACCAACCAGACUGCCCAGACUACACACCCUUCCUCGCGCUAGCGGCAGCCGCCGAGGGACUCUCGUCAUCGAUGGGCGCGUCGCUCGUCGAGUGUCGGCUGCGUGACGCCGUGAGGGGCGUGCUGCACUGUGACCUGGCUGGGCAGGUGUCUGGCGGAGCCACGGCCCACCAGCGCUGCUUGCUGCCCGUCAAGGCGGACGUUGUGUUCUUGCUGACGCGUGUGCUCGAAGACCUGCGGCCUGACGGGGCCGAUCCGGGGCUUCACGUCGCGCCCUUGUCCAGGGUGCGCCGGGUGCUGCGCAGUGGAGGCCUGCUAGCUCUGGCCGGCAUCACCUCGCCCGCUGAAGGAUUCAAGGCGGCGCUAGAGGACGCCCUGAUCACAGCAGGUGCGCCCUCUGAUCAGAUUGUCCACGGAAGCCGUUUUGUAGCGAUGCACGAUUAG